CCCAGGGGGCGGGGCCAGACGAGGCCACGCCCCCCGAGACAAAAUAAAGACCAAUCACAGCUGAGCGUGGAUUCGGAGCGUCUGAUUGGCUAGGGAAGGGGGGCUGUGGAGCUGCUGCUGCUGCUGCUGCUGCUCUCAGGUGCCACCGUGCCCGACUCUCUGCAUGUCCCCCGGGCCAGCGGCCUCGCGGGGACGCCGCGGGUGUCACCUGCGUCCCCAAGAGGUGACACACCUGGUGGCACUGUCCCCAUGGAGGUGCCACCACCCUUGUCCCCAUGGAGGUGCCACCACCGCUGUCCCCGUGUCCCCUCAGGUGCCACCGUGCCCGACUCUCCGCCGUGUCCCCCCGGGCCAGCGGCCUCGCGGGGACGCCGCGGGUGUCACCUGCGUCCCCGAGGGUGACGAGGACAGGAUCAUCGGGGGGUACCCCUGUGUCCCCAUGUCCCAACCCUGGCAGGUGCUGCUCUACGGCUCCCUGCGCUGCGGCGGCGUCCUGGUGCGGCCACAGUGGGUGCUGACCGCUGCCCACUGCAACCAGAGGGGUAUCCGCGUCCGUCUGGGCGAGGAUGACCUCCGUCGUCGCGAGGGGACGGAGCAGGAGCGGCGAGUGACGCUGGCCCUGUCCCACCCCCGCUUCAACCCGGCCACGCUGGACGCUGACCUGGCCCUGCUGAAACUGGACCGGCCGGCACAGAUCGGCCGCAGCGUCCGGCCACUGGCCCUGCCCCGAGCCUGCGGCCGGCCCGGAGAGUCCUGCCUGCUGUCCGGCUUGGGGGACGGUCACCACGCCGCAGGUGUCCGGCCACUGGCCCUGCCCCGAGGCUGCGGCCGGCCCGGAGAGUCCUGCCUGCUGUCCGGCUGGGGGACGGUCACCACGCCACAGGUGACGCUCCCGAGCCGCCUGAUCUGCGCCUACGUGCAGCUGCUGUCGGACGCGGCGUGUCGCCGGGCGUACCCGCGGCGCAUCACGCCCAGCAUGUUCUGCGCCGGCGUCAGCAACCAGCGCAUCGACUCGUGCCAGGGUGACUCCGGGGGUCCCCUGUCCUGCAAUGGGACCCUGCAGGGCAUCGUGUCCUGGGGGCUCCAGACCUGCGCCCUGCCCGGCCACCCCGGCGUCUACACCAGGGUCUGCAGCUUCACCUCCUGGAUCCUGGACACCAUGGACCGCAACUAGGGGACACCUCGGGGACAUGGGGACACCUCGGGGACACCUCGGGGACAUCAGGAACACCUUGGGGACAUCAUGGAGACACCACAAAAACAUCACAGGGACACCUCGGGGACAUGGGGACAGCAGGAACAUCAGAGGAACAUCAGAGGAACAUCAGAGGAACAUCAGAGGAACAUCUCAGGAACAUCACAGGAACAUGGGGACACCUCGAGGACACCUUGGGGACAUCGGGGACACCUUGGGGACAUCGUGGAGACACCACAAAAACAUCACAGGGACACCUCGGGGACGUGGGGACAUCAGGAACAUCAGAGGAACAUCAGAGGAACAUCAG